UAUGACACUGUUGAGCAUCAUCUUUCCAACAAUGGAGAGGUGGUUUUCUUGCAUAACAAUGGCGGCAUUCAGGUCUAAAGAGGCUGCAAUUUGUUGUCUCAGAAAUGGGUUUUUCACUACAGUCAUAAAGAGAGUAGCUCUUGCUGCAUUCACCUGCUUUCUUGCUUUGGGAGGGGCUAUAGUGGGAAUAUUUGUUGGAGCCAUCAAAGGGCAGACCACAGAAACUGGGUUUCUAAAUGGGGCAGGCAUAGGAGCCGUGACAGGGGCCCUUGCAGCCAUUCAAUUACUGGAAUCAGCAGCUGAUUGUGAGUCAUUAUCCAAGGUUGCCCUCUUAGGUAGUUUAAUGAAUGGGAGGGUCUUUGUGGAAUGGGUUUGUCCUGCAGUGCUAAAAGCUUAUCAGUGGCAAGUUAGGAAUCUUGAAACAACUUAUAGAGAAGUUUCAGAUAUCUAUGACAUCAGUGGAGUUAAAGGGUUAUCCAACAACUGCAUUCAGAAGCUUCCUAUGCAUAAGUUCCACUCUAGAAAGAUGAUCGAAUCAUGUCAUGAUUUCUGUUGCUCCAUUUGCUUACAGGAUUUCAAGGAUGAAGACUCAGUGAGAGAACUUCCCAACUGUGGACACCUCUUUCAUCUGGACUGCAUAGACGAGUGGCUAACUCGACAAGGCACUUGCCCAAUGUGUAGAGAUUAUGUUUGUGAUGAAUGAUAAUCCGAAUGCAUUACAACCACCAUGGUUUGAAGUCCAAAAGAACAGAGCAAAAUUUAAGAUUUUUAUUCUUCUAAACCAAAAAAAGAUAUAAACAAAGGGAGCCAAGGCAUACACAAUGUAUAUCAAUUUCAAUGUAUCCAAACGAUAUUCCUUUUGAGGGUGGCUUUGA